AUGGAACAACCCAGUGGCUCAAAAGCUUCGGUACACACCCCUCAAGAACUGUACGCAUGGACAUUCCACAAGGACGCAGUAGCGCCGUGUUUUGUGAAGGAUGUGUUUGCGAUGACGGCGAGUGGUAUCAAAGACGCUGACUUCUUCUGGCUGGGAUAUACCCCCUGUCGGAGCGUGCAUAUCGCGGGGAUGGUCGUUGGCGUCCAAGUCUAUGAAAAGCGGACGGUAUAUACUGUCGACGAUGGUACCGCUGUCAUUGACUGCACUCUCCGUCAUGCUGUCGUCAAACCGCCGCCACCACCAUCCAAAACCAGACCUCCAGCUUCCAUCUCCCGCCGCACGGACGACGCCCCAAGUCCACCAAAGAAACGCAAGGUUGAGUCAAGCAUGGUUGCAGGACCGCCAGGGCCACCCGAACCGAUCGCGGAUGUUGGGGCGCUAGUGGAGGUUGUAGGCAGGGUUGCAGCACGCUAUGAGACGAAGGAGGUUGUUGUGGACAGGCUUGAGCACUGUGAAAGCGCCAACGCGGAGAUUAGACACUGGGCGCGCGUUAUCGACAUUCACCGAGCAAAGUACUCCCAGGCAGUACCAUUCGUCAUUCCUACGCACCCUCCGACCUCGAGAGCCUCCAACGCGUCGCCUGUGCGAUCUUAUGUCGCCGGACCUUCAAAUGAUUCGGGUCCAUCGACACUCCCGGAGACGCCUAGGAAACGACGAAACAUUGCGGAUCAUCCGCUGCCGUCCGUCAACGGAAGGAACAGAAGAGCAGUCUCGCCCGCGAGUAGCACUGUUGACGGCAGCGAAGCGUCGUCCGCGCCAUCGAGUCCUGCCAAAUCACCUACUCAUCCUCAGAUCAUCAAGCUGCGUCACCCAUCUCGCUUACAUUCACGCGACCUCACAUCAAACACCUUUCGUAUUUACCUCAAACACUAUAUGGACAAUGUCCCUAUUCUCGCCGCUGCCGCUGCAAUGACGUCAAUGAACAGGUUCGACAACAAUGGGGGAGAUUAUAGAGACGAAGUGACCAGCAUUCAUGACACACUAACGACGCCAACGAAGAAGCGGCCGUUUUCGAAGACCCACCCGCUCGACACACCACGUUUAUCGCGGUUUCAUGACAUCGGAGAGGCUAACACAACACCUACCCCUACGCAGAAGAGCAAGGGCAAGCAGAAAGAGCAAGCGCCGAACGGAGUUGAUAUCAGCGAAGAGGAUGAUACCUCCACGCCCUUCGGGUUCACGCUCUCCCACCUGCGCCGCGUGCCUGAGCUUGCCCUCCUCGCGGGACGCGUCGUGCGCGCCGAGACGCGGCGCCGCGCUCGCGAAGCCAGGGAAAAGGAGAAGGCAGCGGCCCACUCGCAAUUCUCGCAGCAGGCAUCCAACCCGUAUAUGCUCUCUGCCGCUGCUGCUUCUGCAUCAGGUUCUGCAUCAUCAUCAGCUGCGAAGGGUCGAUCCGUGAAGGUAGACAAGGGGAAGGAGGGCGAAAAGAAGAAGAAAGAAGACCCUCCACGCGUGAAAAAGCGGCGGCUAUUCGUAUGGGCGCUCGUCAGGCUGUACGAGGAGGGCGCUAUCGUCCUCUGGGAUGCAGAAGCGCCGAAGCGAGCGCCGCCUGCACCCUGGUCGUUCAGCGCUAUCAAAAACUCCUCAGCUUCUGCUUUGUCCAACGACCAUGGCAAUGAUGACGGUGGUGCUGAGAACGGGGUGGGCGAGACGAGCGCGCUGUGGAAGAGUACCUCGGGCAACACAUCUGUGUUCUCGUCUGCCUCUGGAUCCACUGCCUCCACCUCCGCUUCAGCAUCGAGACUGCCCGAAGAUGACGAGGACGAAGGCGCGCUCUCGGAUCCUCGUGCCGACGAGGAGAUCUAUGUCAUUCUUACGCCUGCACUCCUCGCGCGCGAAAUCAGUGCGGUAUUGAGUGCGAGAAGAGCGCGAGGCCGUGGCGCUGAUGGGCAGAAGGCGAGUGCGGAGGAGGUGAGAAAGAUUUUGGCCAGAGAUUCACGGUGGGCAAGGGUUGGAAUAUGGGCUAUUGAAGAGGCUAUGACGCUGCUUUGAUUUGUAAUCCCAUAUUACUGUCAGGUUAUCUAUCUACGGAUCUCAAAC